GGUAUCCACUGGUAAACUACGAGCUUACUUAUCUCAAUAAGGGGCCAUAUGGUGCAUAGUAGUACUUUCGGUUCCCCAUAAUUUAUUACGUCUUAUUCAUCUUUGGCGCAGUUCUGAAUACGCAUUAUUUCAUCUGUCGCCACCACAAGCAGCGAGUGACACUGGUGAUAUUUUAUUAACAAGUCGUGGCUGAAAGGAAGAGGAAAGAACAAACAACGGACUGACGUGAAAAUACAAAACCAUGUCAAGUGAUCCUCCUCCACCUUACCCUGGAGGCCCUACUGCCCCGUUGAUGGAAGAAAAAAGAGGUCAGCCACCCUUUUCAGAGAACAUUCCGACAGUAAACCAACCUAUGGGAACACAUUUUCCACCCUCUGAAUGUGGACCUCCUCCAUAUGAGCCUUCUAUGCACCCAGGACAAGUACCACCACAUAUACCCAGUGAAGGGGGAAUAGCUUAUCCACCACCAGGGUACUAUCCACCUCCAGGGCAGUUCCCUCCUCCAGGACCCUAUCCACCCCCUCCGGGGCAGUUCCAGCCUGUAGGUGCUCACACACCAGCACUCAUUGUACCAGCAGCAACAACAACCACUGUGACUGUACUACAGGGAGAGGUUUUCCAGGCUGCCCCAGUGCACACAGUAUGUCCUCACUGUCAGCAAGCCAUUAUUACAAAGAUCAGCUAUGAAAUUGGGCUGAUGAACACGUUGUUCUGUCUCUUCUGUUGCUUUGUCGGGUGUGAUUUGGGAUGCUGUUUGGUCCCCUGCAUAAUUGAUGAUUUGAAGGAUGUAACACACACGUGCCCGAACUGUAAAGCCUACAUCUACACAUAUAAACGCAUGUGCUAACAAAACCACAGACGGAUAUGGCAGCUUUUGUGGCCACUGAAUAAUGCAGGACUCUCUGAUUGCUUAGCAUUUUGCUAUAUAGAUAUGUAUACAUUUCUGGUGCUCCUUUGUGCAGUUUCUCAUGAACUUGUACACAUAUAUUUCCUUACUGAAUAUAUGAAUGCCUUACAGGAACAAAUAUUGUGAUUCAGGCUGCAAAAGAUUACAGUCCUCAUGUCAUCUUUUCUUGCUUGUUACUCUUGCAUAAAUGUUUAUCUUAUCAGAGGUACCAUCGUUCUGUGAACAGGUCUUUGAACUUUUUUUAAUUGGAAUGUGAGAUUUCAGCACAAGGAGUCCUGCCAAUAUGCCCCCUACUUUAUAUACUGACAUUUUGUGGUGCAUUUUUAGUUCCCAAGUGCAACAUUUCUGCUGGAUUUCAGAAUACUACAACACAAACUUGCAAGGUUUUUUGGGGAGGGUCCUGUUCCUUUCUGAAUAUGUCCUGCCAAAUAGUGACUUUGAUUUUUUGGAUAGCGCUGACAGUGCACAGUACUGAGCUUGGAAACCCAUGUUCAUAUUCUGUAAAUUUCAUUUAUGAGCCAUUUUGUGUUUCUCUUAUUCUCUUUUCACUGCUUUGUAUUAUUAUUGUUUGGAUGCCUGUUUAUUCAAAGAAAAAAUAUGCCCUCCUGUAUUUAGCCGCACAGUAAAAUGCUAUGGUACUCAAUUUGCUUAUAUUCCUCCCAGUCUUGUGGUAUUAAAACAGAUAGCACAUUGAAAUUCAGAGCAAGUGGCCAGAAUGUGUAGCACUUUCUUGAAAAAUACUACUUUGGGAAAACUAAAUAUUGUAUGUUUAAUGUUAAUGAAUGUUUCUGUCAGUUUUUAGUAAAAAAUUUAAACUGGUUGUUAACUGUGUCUAUGGAAAGAGAUAAUGUCAUGAGAAAUAUCAAUAAAUAUUUGCAGAUGUAUCUUUGCUGAAAAAGUAAAAAGACAAAGCACUCAGUAGA